AUGACUUCACGAAUGGAAUUCACAGACCGUGCUCAAAAGGCCAUCGAGGACGCCAUGUCCAUGGCCGAGCAGUACGGCCACUCACAGCUUCUGCCAGUGCAUCUGGCUGUCUCCUUACUCGAACCCUCCAUCGAUCUGUCCAAGGACCAGCAGAAUGGACCUCAGCAGAACACAAUCACCCUCUUCCGACAAGCCAUCGAACGAGCUCACGGAGACCCUCAACUGCUCGACCGAGCUCUGAAGAAGAGUUUGGUGCGGUUACCAAGCCAAGACCCUCCUCCAGACCAGGUCUCUCUGUCACCCUCGUUCCAUGCUGUUCUACGAAAAGCCCAAGAACUGCAAAAGGUCCAAAAGGAUACUUACAUUGCUGUCGAUCACUUGAUUACGGCCCUGACGGAAGAUGCCAGCAUACAGGCUGCGUUGAAAGAGGGCAACAUUCCCAAGCCCAAGCUCGUGCAAGAGGCCGUCCAGGCCAUCCGUGGAACCCGCCGGGUCGACAGCAAAAACGCAGAUACUGAGCAGGAGAACGAGAACUUGGCUAAAUUCACCAUUGACAUGACUGCCCUGGCCAGAGAGAAGAAAAUCGAUCCCGUCAUUGGCAGAGAAGAAGAAAUCCGACGAGUCGUGCGAAUCCUAUCUCGCCGAACAAAGAACAACCCGGUUCUUAUUGGUGAGCCCGGUGUUGGAAAGACCACCGUCGCCGAAGGUCUGGCGCAGCGAAUCGUCAACCGAGAUGUUCCCGACAACCUAAAGGCAUGUAAGCUGCUUUCACUCGACGUCGGUGCGCUUGUUGCCGGCAGCAAAUUCCGAGGUGAAUUUGAAGAGAGAAUGAAGGGUGUCUUGAAAGAGAUUACCGAGUCAAAGGAAAUGAUUGUUCUUUUCGUUGACGAAAUUCAUCUUCUCAUGGGAGCCGGCUCGUCGGGUGAGGGCGGUAUGGACGCUGCCAACUUACUGAAACCCAUGUUGGCUCGUGGUCAACUUCACUGUAUUGGUGCUACGACAUUGGCAGAGUACCGCAAGUAUGUGGAAAAGGACGCCGCCUUUGAGCGUCGUUUCCAGCAGGUUCUGGUCAAGGAGCCUUCCAUCAGCGAAACCAUCUCCAUCUUGCGUGGCUUGAAGAGCAAAUACGACAGCCACCACAAGGUUAGCAUCCUUGACAGCGCCCUGGUGGCUGCCGCCAACCUUGCCGCUCGCUACCUUACUUCUCGACGCUUGCCCGACUCAGCAAUCGACCUUAUCGACGAAGCCGCAGCAGCAGUUCGAGUUGCUCGAGAGUCUCAGCCCGAAGUCAUUGACUCUCUAGAGCGCAAACUGAGGCAGCUGAAGAUUGAAAUUGCGGCCUUGGAGAAGGAGCAUGAUGAGGCAUCAAAGGUCCGCUUGCAGCAGGCCAAGAAAGAUGCUCAGAAUGUCGAGGAGGAGCUUCAGCCCCUCCGUGAAAAGUACCAAAACGAUAUUAAACGAAAUGAUGAAAUUCACCAGGCCAAAGACAAGCUUGAAGAUUUGAAGAAGCGUCUCGAGGAUGCCAUCAACGCAGGAAACCACCAGCGAGCCGCCGAUCUCAAAUACGGCGCCAUUCUGGAACAAGAGGCUUUGAUCGCGAAGCUUGAGGAUAAGAAGAAUGCUGCAGAUGUGGCCCUCAACGCGGCUAGCGGCGGCGACACCAGUGUCAUGGUCACCGAUAUCGUGACUGCAGACAACAUCAAUGAGAUUGUGGCUCGAUGGACCGGCAUCCCAGUUACCCGAUUGAGGACGUCAGAGAAGGAGAAGCUCAUUCAGAUGGAAAAGGUCUUGAGCAAGGUCGUGGUUGGACAAAAGGAAGCUGUCACGUCAGUCGCCAAUGCCAUCCGACUUCAACGCUCAGGCCUUUCCAAUCCCAACCAGCCGCCUAGCUUCUUGUUCUGCGGUCCAUCCGGUACUGGUAAGACGCUUCUUACCAAGGCCCUGGCUGAGUUCCUGUUCGACGAUCCAAAGUCCAUGAUUCGCUUCGACAUGUCAGAAUACCAAGAACGACAUGCACUGAGUCGUAUGAUUGGUGCUCCCCCAGGAUACGUUGGACACGAUGCUGGCGGUCAGUUGACUGAAGCACUUCGCCGCAAACCCUUCUCAAUCCUGCUCUUCGACGAAGUAGAGAAGGCGGCCAAGGAAAUCUUGACGGUGCUUCUCCAGCUUAUGGAUGACGGCCGCAUCACUGAUGGCCAAGGCAGAAUUAUUGACGCCAAGAACUGUAUUGUCGUCAUGACCUCCAACCUUGGAGCCGAGUAUCUCGUCCGCCCGGGCGUGAAAGAGGGCAAGGUUGACCGCAAUAGUCGAGAAUUGGUCAUGGGCGCUCUUCGCAACUACUUCCUUCCCGAGUUCUUGAACCGCAUCAACUCCGUUGUCAUCUUCAACAGGCUUACACGCAAGGAAAUUCGCAAGAUUGUCGAUUUGCGCAUUUCCGAGAUCCAGAAGCGUUUGGAAGACAAUGGCCGCAAGGUCUUUAUAUCAGUCUCGGAGGAAGCCAAGGAUUAUCUGGGCAACGCAGGAUACUCACCUGCGUACGGUGCUCGACCUCUGGCUCGUCUGAUCGAAAAGGAAGUGCUGAAUAAACUGGCCAUCCUUAUCCUGCGAAACAGUAUUCGCGAUGGCGAGACUGCUCGGGUGGAACUCGACGACAACAGAAUUGUUGUGCUGUCGAAUCACCCUGACAGCGGAACAGAUGAUGAUGAUGAUGAAAUGUUUGAUUCGGAUGAUGUUGAGGAUGUUGUUGGAGAAGAUAUGGACGAAGACAUUUAUGAUUAA